AUGCCCCUCAAGACCUUGUUUCGCCGGCGUACCUUCAAAGAAAUCUUAAAUCUCAACCGCAGAAUCUCAUCUUCUCAAAAACCCUACUGUUAUUCUGCCCGAAAUGCCGCCAUUAAUAAUCCCUCUUCUUCUUCCCUCACCGGAACACCAUUUCAAUCUCUGGCCACCCAAUUUUGCCGCUUCAAUCAACCCAAUUGGUAUCCAAACAGAUGUAUCCACACGAUGCAACAACGUAACGAUUCAGAAGAUGAACCGGAAGAGGACCCCGCGAUGAAUGAUUUCUUGUCAAGGUUCGUCUGGAUUAUGCGUGGGAAGCUUUCUGAAGCUUAUCCCGACAGCGAGAAGAGCACAAUAGAUGCGAUGUUGUUGAUUAUUGUUGAGAAAGUUGUGUCCGAAAUGGAUAAGGGCGGCCCUGAGCAAGUGAUUCGGUCCGGUGAAGGGACCCCUCCUGAAGAUUUUAGUCCAGACUUGUGGAGAACGGUUUCUGAGGUCAGUAGUAUUGUUUUAGAUGAUAUGCAGAAAGCCCAGAAGAAGGAGAAAAUGAAGUACUUUUUGCAGUCUGAGGAAGUUCAGGUGAUGAGUAGGUUUGCUGGGGAGAUUGGUAUCCGUGGGGAUAUGCUUAGGGAGCUAAGGUUCAAAUGGGCUAGAGAGAAAAUGGAAGAAAGUGAGUUUUAUGAGAGUUUGGAGAGCUUAAGACAAGAGGCAGCAGCAGCCCAAGAAGAAAUGGUGUCUGGACAAGCAGGCCAAGAACAGAUUUUGAUUGAGGGUAAUGUUGUUGAUCAGCAGGUGGAUGAAGGAAAGCCUAAUGUUGUAUCACUUCCAAAGAGGCAUGGGAAAUUGAAGUAUAAGAUUUAUGGUCUUGAUUUAUCUGAUCCAAAAUGGGCUGAGGUAGCUGAUAGAGUUCAUGAAAGUGAGGAUAUCAUUUGGCCUCAAGAAGCAAAGCCAAUAACUGGCAAGUGCAAAAUUGUUACUGAGAAAAUCCUUUCUUUGGGAUUGGACGAUGAUCCCUCCCAACUUCUGGCUGAGUGGGCGGAGCUUCUCCAGCCUACUAAGGUUGAUUGGAAAGCAUUGCUUGAUAGAUUGAAAGAGCGGAACCACAGUUUGUACUUAAAGAUUGCAGAACUUUUACUCACUGAAGGAACCUUCGAAACAAAUAUACGCGACUACUCAAAGCUCAUUGAUGCCUAUGCUAAGGAAAACCUCAUAGAAGAUGCUGAGAGAAUUCUUAAGAAGAUGAAUGACAAUGGAAUUCUACCUGACAUUCUAACAUCCACCACUUUAGUUCACAUGUAUAGUAAAGCAGGCAAUCUUGAGAAGGCAAAAGACGCAUUUGGAAACUUGAAGAGUCAAGGAUUACGGCCAGACAUGAAGGUUUACCGCUCCAUGAUAAUGGCUUAUGUGAAUGCGGGCCAACCAAAGGACGCUGAGCAAUUGAUAAAUUACAUGCAAAUUAAGGAUAUGAGACCAACUAGGGAUAUGUAUAUGGCCUUACUUAGAUCGUUUUCUCAAAUGGGUGAUGAAAAAUCAGCAAUGCGAAUUGCUGAUAGCAUGGAAUUUGCUGGUUUUGAGUCAGAUAUGGAAUAUUAUACGUUGCUUGUUGAAGCAUUAGGGCGCCAUCACCCUGAUCAAGCAAGGGUUCAUUUUGAUCACAUGCUCAAGCUUGGGCAUAAACCAGAUGAUAGGUGCACGGCUAGCAUGAUUGCAGCUUAUGUGAAGGAGAAUAUGUUGGAUAAAGCUUUAAGUCUCCUGCUGCAGCUGGAGAAGGAUGGCUUUGAACCUGGGAUCGCCACUUACACUGUUUUGUUGGAUUGGUUUAUAAAGUUGCAACUGUUUGAUGAAGCUGAACAAUUAUUAAAUAAGAUAUCUGAGCUGGGUGAGGCUCCUCCACUGAAAGUUCUCGUAAGCCUCUGUGACAUGUACUCAAGGGCUAAAAUCGAAAAAAAGGCUCUUCAAGGUCUUGGGGUUUUGGAGUCUAAGAAGGAUCAGUUGGAGCAUGAAGAUUUUGAGAAAAUUAUAAUCGGGCUUAUAGAUGGAGGAUUUCUUAAAGAUGCUCAAAGAAUGCUAAUGUUGAUGGAAGCUCAAGGAUACGCACCAUCUAAUUCAUUGCAAAUGUCGUUGUUCCAUCUCAGUCCCACAAAACAUAGCCAGAGAUGGUAA